AAUGCGGACGUCGAUGGAGGAGGAUUACAGGAUGCAGGACGCCACCUUUUGCAGCUGCUUCCAUGUGUUCAUGGCGCAAAUAAUCGCCGCCAUCAACAACAACAAAAACAAGAUGGCAGGACAGGAUCAGGACGACAGGAUUGGGUCCUGGUUCCUGAGGACACAUAGGGCAGGGGCUGCGGAGAGUGAGGGGGGGGGGGGGGGGCUCAAAGAUGAGUUGAGAGACGUUGACGCUGACGCCAUUAGCACCGAGUUUUGCAGCAUCAACGACAAACUUUAA